AGUUCGCAGUCUUCGUCCUCACUCCUCACAAUAUUCUCAAAACUAUUCCCAAAAUUAUUUCAAUCGUUUAUUCCUCUCGAAGGCGGCGGAGUUCCUCUUUCCGAUCAUUUAGACGGAGCCCUCAUUCUGCAAGAAGCUUCUCCUUCAUCGAUAGGGAUUGGUAAAGGUAAGAGUGAUUGGGGGUUUUGGGCGAUGUUUCCUGAGGAUUUGAUAUUUGAAAUUCUACAUAGGGUUGAUGAAAAAGAUUUGAUUUUGCUGAAAUCCGUAUCGAAAGGUUGGAACUUUGUGAUUUCUAGAAUUUGCAUCCCUAGAAUGUCCCCUCCCUCCCCUGCUGCUCCCUUUUGGAGUUUGCUCCUUUUCAAGGACCCCCUUCCUCCCGAAGAAGGCCGUGAAGUCGGCGACCCAUUCUUGAAACUUCACUACUUGCUUAUGCACUACUACGUGUACGGACACUUCAUGCCUCCAAGGUUUCGUUUGGACAACACUGACCACUUAUAUCCGGCUAUGCUUCCGGACAAGUGUGAUCAUUCCGGCAUUCAAGACUGCUGCAAUGGGAUGCUACUCUUAGCCUCCUCCUCCCGAUAUUAUGUCGCCAACCCGGUCACAAAACAGCGUAUUUCAAUCCUAAUUAACCCCCAACACCAACAUAUCAACAUCAAAACUAUCCAUUCCUCAUUAGUUUUCGAUCCCUCCCUUUCCCUUAACUUCAAGAUUGUUACCUUCACGGCAGUUAAUCUUCCCUUGGAAUUAGAUAUCUUCUGUUCCGAGAUGGGACAAUGGCGCAGCCAUGUCCUCCCGCUCGAGCCUCAUGGUCUCCACGGCUCUGAGUGGCUUCGCCGCUCAGUUUACUUCAAUCGGGGUCUCUAUUCUCUCUCUUUGGCUAUGUUCUUAGUGUGCAUUGAUAACCUCCUCCCCAGCCCUAGUGGAAGAGAUAGCGAUCUAAUAGCUUGGGCUAUUGAGCUUCCUGAUAAAGAUGUGAUCACACCUAGUGAGUGUGGGUGCAUAGGGGUGUCUUCAGGGUCUUUCUAUUAUUCCAAUCGUGAUGCUGGAGGUUCAUACAUGUAUGUGUGGGCGUUGCGCUAUAAAGGGGGAGAUUCAGAAUGGGUUCUGAUGCAUACCAUAAGCAUUGCUGAUGAUCUUGUUGAUAGCCCCACACGCCGCCUUAGACGUAUCUUGUAUAUGAAAAUUUUCGAUUGCUUUAGGCCUCGUGCCUUUUACCCCAAGGACGAUGUAUUGGUUAUUGCAGCUCCUACACUCGUGGCCUCAUAUAACUUAAAGACCAAAUUGCUUGACCAGCUUUACAGUUUACCCAAGUUGAACUGCAACCGGAAAUCUCUUCACUUUGAUGGAAAUUGGAUCUUUCCCUUCUCGCCAUGCCUGCUCAUACUCCCUUGCCAGAGUUUGGGAGAGUAAAUCAUUGUGUCUCAUAGAAAGUGUGCAAAGAUGGAGAUGUUGUGGCAUAGCCCCCGCAGGUGGCUGGCGAGGAUCGAGUAUAAUCAAGUUUGUGGCUGGCGAGAAACUCAUAAGCUUUCGCGUUAGAAUGUGAUGUUCAUCUUUAGUUUGUUGCUUCAUUGUUAAUUUGUUGGUUGGUUCAUCUUUAGAAGUGAAACUUGCUGGGUAUAAAGCAAUUAGACCUUGUUUGGUAAGAUUUAUUUGAAGAGUUGAUCACAAAUGAAUCUCGAAAAAGAAGAAACUGAUUAGAUCAGUCUCAUUUCGUUGUAAGUAAUUGUGUUGGGUGUGCUGAGUGAUACACCGGAAAAACUUGGGAUUUCAGCAAUAGGAGUGAUUGCAGCCGGAAUUGACGUCUU